CUGAAACCCAUACGUUGUUGUCAGCGAGCAUCAUCACAGCCCGCUGUAAUCUACAAGUGGAUUACAAUUAACACAUUUUUAUUCUCCACACAACACUCAAUAAACGAGCAGGACCGACUGCGUGGUCCUCGGUAACGGUGUUAAUGUUAUAAGCAUGAAGAGACCCCCGAAGCUGUUUCAUUGACGCUGAGAUAACAGCAGAGUGCUGUUUUCCUCCCGGUGGUGAACUGGUUGCACAUCUGACUGUGGAUACUUUACAAGGCCUCAAGCCAUGCCUCGGUCCACAGUGGUGCUGUGAAUCCGCCAAAACGUCACUUCGAGCCGGGGAGGCGAAAGUGAAGUAGUCGCUAAAGCGGGGCUACUCCAGAGGUUACCUCUUGUGUUAAGGGCUGAUCUACAGACAUGCACCCACCAUCUCGACAGGACUAUGUUUCUAUAAGCUUUGCUGAAAAAGGAAGUGGAGGUUACAAUAACAGUAAGAACUGGAGGAGGCAGUCCUGCUGGAGGAAAUGGAAGCAGCUGUCCAGGCUGCAGCGGAGCCUCAUCCUCUUCCUCCUCGUCCUUCUGUUUAUUUGUGGAAUUGCUUCCUAUCCUUCUUUUAAUGAACACCUCAGAAGCCUUACAGAUGGAGAGCAGUACACAGACAGUAACAGCGUCCUGAGGCCCGUCAUCCCUCAUGUGCUGCCUGAACCUGUUGAACAGCCACGACCACCACUGCCAGAACAAACCUCACAGAAGAAAUUACCGGCACCCAAUAAGAGAGGACCGCCUGUUCUUCACAAUCGUCUCCAGAGGAAGGACAACUCUUCAGAUACAGGGCUCAGGGAGAAGGCACCUGAGAUCAAGAAAGAUGAGGGAGUCAUCAGCUGGCGUGGGGCCGUGAUCGACACUGAGCAGGGCACAGAAGGAGCUAAAGAUGAAGAAAAUAAGGAGGCGUCACCAGCCAACAAGAAGGCAGAACCAACAAACGAGACUGAUGCCAGCAGGCUGGAGGGGGUGCGGGAGGCUUUCAGACAUGCAUGGAAGGGUUAUAAAGACUUUGCUUGGGGCCAUGAUGAGCUCAGGCCUCUCUCCAAGUCCUACAGCGAGUGGUUCGGCCUGGGUCUGACGCUUAUCGACUCUUUGGAUACCAUGUGGAUCAUGGGGCUUAAAGAAGAAUUUGAAGAAGCAAAGACUUGGGUGGCUACAGAGCUCACAUUCAACAAGAACGUAGAUGUAAACUUGUUUGAAAGCACCAUCCGCAUCCUGGGAGGCCUGCUGAGCACCUACCAUCUGACUGGAGACACUGUGUUCCUAGAAAAAGCUAAAGACAUCGGCUCCAGACUGAUGCCGGCCUUCAACACCCCGUCCAAGAUCCCCUACUCUGAUGUGAACAUUGGGAAAGGCACAGCCCACCCGCCUCGCUGGACCUCAGACAGCACUGUGGCCGAGGUCACAAGCAUCCAGCUGGAGUUCAGAGAGCUCAGCCGCCUCACACAGGAACCACAGUACCAGGCUGCGGUGGCCGAAGUUACCAACCAGGUCCACAAACUGGACGGAAAGCUGGACGGUCUGGUGCCCAUGUUCAUCAACACAAACAGCGGGCAGUUCACCCAUCAAGGCAUCUACACACUGGGAGCGCGAGCAGACAGCUACUAUGAAUACCUGCUGAAACAGUGGAUCCAGGGGGGCAAGCAGGAGAACCAGUUCUUGGAGGACUAUCUGCAGGCAAUCGAAGGUGUGAAGAAGAACCUGUUGCAGAAGUCUUCACCCAAUGGUCUCACCUUUGUUGGAGAACUCUCACAUGGACAGUUCAGCCCUAAAAUGGACCACCUGGUGUGCUUCCUGCCGGGCACUCUGGCCCUCGGAGCUCAUCAUGGCCUGCCCGCUGAUCACAUGGAUCUGGCCAAACAGCUGAUGGAGGCGUGCAACCAGAUGUACGUCCAGAUGGAGACGGGCCUCAGUCCAGAGAUUGUCCACUUCAACAUGCAUGAAGGAAGCAACAGAGAUAUCGACGUAAAGCUUGCGGACAGACACAACCUCUUGCGACCAGAGACGGUGGAGAGUCUCUUCUACCUGUACAGGUUCACCAGGGACCACAAGUACCGAGACUGGGGCUGGGAGAUCCUCCAAAACUUUAACAAGUACACCAAGGUUUCUUCUGGCGGCUACACCUCAAUCAACAACGUGCGAGACCCGGACUACACGAGUCCUCGAGACAAGAUGGAGAGCUUCUUCCUGGGAGAAACGCUGAAAUACCUGUACCUGCUUCUCUCUGACGACCCAGACCUCAUCAGCCUGGACCAGUAUGUCUUCAACACGGAGGCUCAUCCCCUGCCUAUAUGGCCUUCCACUGCGUGACACACACACACACACACGCACACAUACAUGCAUACACCCACACAUACACAACCGCACAUAAACACAUCACAGACAUCUCAGGGACGGUCUGAUAACAAGAUGAUUCCUACGUCUUCUGUCUCAGUGACCGGAUGUUGUCUAAACAUGACAGACCACAGCAGGAGAAAGCCUCCUUUUUACUGAUGAAUUACAUGUUUUCUAUGUGCUAACAGCCAUAAAACAUAAACCCCCCCCCCCCCCCCCCUUGAGCCACUAAAGCCUAGUUCAGUCAGUGGCUGAGCCGUGUUUGUUUCACAGACCGCUUGUAGACCCCGUAGUGACAAAGUUUGUUUUUGGUCGUCAUGACAGCUAAUCAGCAUUCAACAAAAACCUGAUUGUGACUUGAAUCGAAGAUGUCUUAACCAUGUGAUGACGGGGAGGAGGAGGUGGAGGAGUGUUGAGUUGGACCCAUACAUUUUAGUUUAAAGCUUCUCGUAUAGCUCUGUUUCAGUUCAGUUACCGUUGUGUUUCUUACAGAAGUGACCAUGAAACCCCCCUCCCCCUCAAAAACAACUUCCAACUCCUGUUCUCUCUCUUUAACUCCUGCCUCUUAUUCUUGUUAUUACAGUGGAAAUGGUUCCUGAAGCAGCAGAAUGAAGGAAAGUCUGUAUCUAGUUUUGAAGGGGGGGGGGGAUUCACUUAGUGACGCUGUUCAGGGAGUGAAAAUCUAUUCAGAGUUUAAAGAAAUAUAGAAUAACUGCUUUUGAGUGUUAAACACUUUUUCUACAGUUUUGUCAUGAAAAGAAAAUAAUUUAUUGUGCUAGAGCGCAACACAAAUGGAGCUGUAGUCCAAACAGCCAAUGGGAAGGAGCGUAAGUGCAGCGUCAUAGUAGCAUCAAAGACAGAGAGUCUGUGCCAGCUUCAUUAUCGCUCGACGCUCCAUGUAGACUGAGAGCAAAUCCUUCAAAACCAACCGGCUGUGCUAGUAACUGUGAGAGCUGCCUUGUUGUGUUUUUCUGACCUAGAGCUAGGGUUGUCACGAUACCAGAAUUUUAAAAUUUGAUAUGAAACUUGUUCAAAUCAAGCAAUAUUGUUUUACCAUGGCAACAAUAAUCAAAGUCCUCGGAACCCAAUAUCAUCUCUUGUUAUCAAUGAUCAAAGGUUGCAGGCAAACCCCUGCACUCUGUACUGAAAUGUUGGCAAAGUUUUUCUGCAACUUAGACAGUUGAUUCAUUACAACGUUUUUGUACUUUUCAUUACCUUGAUCAUUGAAUGACAGAGAUUGUAUCGUUUUAAAAUGUGUGGUAUACAGAAUGAAUCGACGUAUUGAAAACUUUUAGAUCCUUCCCCAGAGCUAAAGUGGAUUGAGCGGUUUUUUAAUCUGACAGAAAAGUCGUGCAGGCAGGGAGAGAACAAGUUUGAUAUAGCUGAGGCUUGGAAGCUGUUCGUCAGGACUAUGCUGUUUUUGAAAACGUUCCUUCUUAGUUUGGCUUCCUGGUGAAACGUGAACAUUUCCAUCUCUGCCUGUGUGCUGCUGGUCUGAGCCCUGCACUGGGAGGGGCAGCAGGUGUGCUGCUGGUCUGAGCCCUGCGAUGGGAGGGGCAGCAGGUGUGCUGCUGGUCUGAGCCCUGCACUGGGAGGGGCAGCAGGUGUGCUGCUGGUCUGACCCCUGCACUGGGAGGGGCAGCAGGUGUGCUGCUGGUCUGAGCCCUGCACUGGGAGGGGCAGCAGGUGUGCUGCUGGUCUGACCCCUGCACUGGGAGGGGCAGCAGGUCGGUAACCUUUGUAGCGAAAAGUUCAGCAGCUAGCAGCUGUCUGAACUAACAUCUCCUGUGUGCUGCAGCGACACCCUGCUCUGCUCCUGCAGGGGGCGUCACACUGUGUGUAACACAGUCUUUAGGUGCUGUAUUUUACAAUCAUUCUCAGAUAGCGUCUGUAUUCUGCUUAUAAACGGGGGAAGCUUCCUGACAGGGUGUGAGCACGCCUUCAGUUCAUAUGUUUCACUCUUCCUUCAUGCUACGUUCAUGUCUUACCGGACAUGUGACUACUGCAGUCACAUCAACCUUCAGUUCAUUGAGAAAACAGAGACGGGGUCAUUGUUCUCACUGCAGCCUGAUGAAAGGCUGACACUAACCAGGCUCAAAGUCUGAUGGAGGGGAAUACGAGGCACCUUUCUUCCCCUCUAUGUGCUGAUAGCUGGGUGCAUAUUUGUAACAGUGAAUGCAUCACAUUUCUAAAAUAAUUGAAUGUUGCUUUAAAUGAUGGAGAUGUAAGCUGUGGGGAUUGAAAUAUCUGAAAAACUCUUAAAGACUUGCAAAGCCUUUCCCAAUUCCCAUUUGACCUGAACGCAGCAUCCAUGAGUACUUGGGGCUCAGAUGACGUCACUUUUGUUGCCAAGCAGCAGAUUUUCCUCUAAACUGUGAAGCUCUGUCGUGUUUCUGUGGAGCGUCGUCGCUCUUUUCUCUGAACGUUCAGCUUCGUUCUUCUUUUUGUGGUUCUCCUCGGUAAGGUGUAGCGUACAUUUGUGUUUCUUCUAAGUGAGAGAAAUGAAUUAGAGUAUUGAUUUAGUGUAAUAUAUUGAUUUGUAGUGUAUAUUUUCAAAGGUAUAAUUGCAGCUAUCGUAAACUCUCCUCGUGCAUUUGGCGUAGUUUCCUGUAGUAGCAGCAGCUUCGGAGCGGCUGCAGUCAUUCCUGUAAAUAAUGGUUUACUUCAAGUCGUUUGAUUGGAUGAACUUAAUGAAUCUAUAAUGAGACCAAACCUGUAAAUAUUUAAUUCCUUUGUGUUGUCUCACUCGUGCCUUUAAUGUUGCUUCAGACAACUUUCAAAAGACAACCGUAAACUGUCACCUCUCCUUCCACUCGAGCUGUAUUUACAUGUGCACACAUCGACACAGUACAAAGGCCAUCGGGAUCACUGCAGAAGAGCAUUUUUCCAGUUGAAUGAUGAAAAAAAUGAUCGAUGUAUUUAUAGCUGUCCUUCAAAGCAAGCCUUAGCUUUACGUAACACCAAUCUCUACCAGUGUGUGUAUUUAAAAUCCUGCGUACAAGGGCUCUGUGUGAUCCCUCCAUGGAUGUAUUUGAGCAUCUUCCCGAGCCAAAGACACACUGAGAAUCAAAUAUCAUUUGGGAUUUAAUCAAUUAAAAAGCCAUUUUUCCAAAGCUACUUUUUUCAGGAAAAACUGAAUUAAAAGGAAAUAUUUAAGUGAUUUUGAUAAAAA